UCGAGUGAAAAGCGAAAGACGACAAGACGCCUUCCUUUGAGACGAGUCCUACCCACGGCGUGCGCUAUUUUAAACUGGAAAUCCGUUAUGGCUUAAGAAUUGCGUUUCCCCGGGAGAGACGGACCGCGUUGACGCUGCGCCCCGGAUCGGAAGCCCUCCUAGCUGCAGCUGCACCGCCGGAGCGGCUGCGAUUGACGCGCCCGACGAUUAACUGGAAAUACUGGAUGUUCAAUCUGCCAUUUUGUGGGAUUUUAAGAGAUACCCGACGCGACGUGCGGUGGUUUUAAUGACAAAUGGGUUGUGAUUGUCGGCUGUCGUACUGUUGAUGUGAUAUAUGCAUUGUUCCCCAAAACGAUGAUGUGUGCUGCUGCGGCAGCGGCCGCCGCCGCCGCCGGCGGAGGAGGUGGAGGAGGAGGAGGUGGAGGAGGGAUCCUGCCCUCCGCGUCGCCCUCCAUGGGGUUGGGGGUCCGGGUCAUCUCUGGAGCCGAAUUCUCCACCAUCGGGUCGGGUAUGGGUUCGUGUCCGGCACCCGGUGCCCAGUCGGACUGUCGUAGCCGGUACCAGCUCCUUCUCUCAGGGCGGGCUCUGGCGGAGAGAUACCGGAGGAUUUACACCACGGCCAUCAGUGACAGAGAGCAGGGGGUAAACCAGGGAAGAGGCAAGAAGGCUUUAAGUAAGAGGAAACUGAAAAGGCGACAGAAGGUGAAAUCAAAAGUCAAAGCAAGAACAAAGACCGAAGCUCUGGAUGGACCCUUCUCAGUGCCGGACAUCAAGCUUCACAGCAACCCAUCUGCAUUCAACGUUUACUGCAACGUGCGGCACUGCGUGCUGGACUGGCAGCAGAAGGAGGCCUCAUUGGCGUUGGCCUCCAGGAGCUCAUUGCAGAGUGGAGACUCAGACAGCGAGGAGGAAGAGGAGUACCGUGAGCCAGCCGUCAAGCUGCCCAAGAUCAUUGGCAUUGGUCUGUGCGGCGUGUUUGAACUGAUAAAAGAGACGCGGUUCACCCACCCUUCGCUAUGUCUGCGCAGCCUGCAGGCCCUGCUGGACAUGCUGCAGGGACAACAGCCCGAGGGCUUCCAGACCGAGCCUCCAGAUGUGCUAGAGUCUCUGUUCCAGUUGCUGCUGGAGACCACGGUACGGAGCACGGGGCCCAAUGACCCCACAGGUCAGGCCCUCACUGCCCUGUCCUGUGCCUGCCUUUUCAGCCUGGUGGUGUCUUGGGGAGACACUGGCAAAACCCUGCAGGCUGUCUCAGCCAUCCUCACCAACAACGGGAGCCACGCCUGCCAGACCAUACAGGUACCCACCAUCUUGAACGCACUGCAGAGGAGUGUCCAGGCCGUCCUGGUGGGAAAGAUCCAGAUCCAGGACUGGUUCGGAAAUGGCAUCAAACGGGCGGCCCUGAUGAACAAGUGGGUCCUGAAGGAGGUGGCGAUCGACGAGGAUGAACGCUGUCUGCUGCAGACGGAUGGCUCCUUCCUCUAUCUCCUCUGCAAAGACGGACUCUACAAAGUGGGCUCGGGAUACAGUGGCACAGUCAGGGGCCAUGUGUACAACUCCACAUCUCGCAUCAGGAAUCGGAAGGAGAAGAGGUCCUGGCUGGGCUUCGCUCAGGGUUACCUGUUAUACCGGGACACCAGUAACCACAGUAUGUCAGCCAUCAAGAUCAACCCAGAGACUCUGGAGCAUGAUGGAGCCAUCGCCAUGCCAGGCCAACAUGCUGAUGGACAGAACAUCAUCUUCACAGACGGAGAGUACAUCAACCAGAUUGCAGCCUGCAAAGAUGAUGGUUUCGUGGUACGGAUCUACGCCACCAGCUCAGACCCGGCCCUGCAGCAAGAGCUGCAGCUGAAGCUGGCGAGGAAAUGUCUGCACGCCUGUGGCAUCUCUCUGUUCGACCUGGAGAAGGACCUACACAUAAUCAGUACUGGGUUUGAUGAAGAGGCAGCGCUGCUUGGAGCAGGCAGGGAGUUUGCUCUCAUGAAAACUGCCUCAGGAAAGAUCUACUACACAGGGAAGUAUCAGAGCCUGGGCAUAAAACAGGGAGGCCCAUCAGCUGGUAAAUGGGUGGAGCUUCCUGUCACCAAGUCCCCGAAGAUCGUCCAGUUCUCAGUGGGUCAUGAUGGCUCCCACGCACUGCUGGUGGCUGAAGAUGGCAGCGUGUUCUUCACGGGCUCCGCCAGCAAAGGGGAGGAUGGAGAGUCCACCAAGAGCCGCAGACCACCAAAGCCAUACAAGCCUAAGAAGAUGAUCAAGCUGGAGACCAAGACUGCAGUCUACACGGCCUGCAACAAUGGAAGCAGCAGCAUUGUCACCAAGGAUGGAGAGCUCUACAUGUUCGGCAAAGACGCCAUCUAUAGUGACAGCACAUGCCAAGUGACAGACCUGAAAGGUCACUUUGUAACUCAGGUUGCCAUGGGAAAGGCCCACACAUGUGUCCUGACCAAGAGCGGGGAGGUCUGGACGUUUGGGGUCAACAAUAAGGGCCAGUGUGGCCGAGACACUGGAGCCAUGAGCCAGGCAGGAAAAGCUUUUGGUGUGGAGAGCAUGGCCACAGCCAUGGAUGAGGACCUGGAAGAUGAGCUGGAGGAGAAGGAGGAGAAAAGCAUGAUGUGCCAGCCGGGGAUGCACAAGUGGAAGUUGGACCAGUGCAUGGUCUGCACAGUGUGUGGGGACUGCACCGGCUAUGGAGCCAGCUGUGUCAGCAGCGGACGGCCAGACAGAGUAGCUGGAGGUAUUUGUGGCUGUGGCUCUGGGGAGUCAGGCUGCUCAGCGUGCGGCUGCUGUAAGGCCUGUGCCAGGGAGCUGGAUGGCCAGGAGGCCCGGCAGAGAGGCAUUUUUGAUGCUGUGAAGGAGAUGAUCCCACUGGACCUGCUGCUUGGAGUCAACAUCGAGGAGCACAUCCAGAUCCGCCAGGAGGAGAAACGACAGAGGAUCAACCGCCGGCACAGGCUGGAGGAGGGCCGAGGCCCCCUUGUUUUCCCUGGCCCCAUAUUUAUGAACCAGCGUGAGCAGGCCCUAGCCAGAAUAAGACCCCUUCAGGCCCUAAGGCAUAAACGGGACAAGCACAAAGAUGGCAGCAGCGAGCGAGGAGAGAAAGAUGCCAGUAAGAUCACAACCUACCCUCCCGGGGCGGUCAGGUUUGACUGUGAGAUGCGGGCCGUACAGGUCAGCUGCGGCUUUCACCAUUCUGUGGUGCUGAUGGAGAACGGAGAUGUCUACACAUUUGGAUACGGCCAGCAUGGGCAGCUUGGACACGGAGAUGUCAACUCCAGGGGCUCGCCUACCCUGGUGCAGGCCCUCCCAGGUCCCAGUGUUCAGGUGACAGCAGGCAGUAACCACACAGCUGUUCUCCUCAUGGAUGGACAGGUCUUCACCUUCGGCAGCUUCUCGAAAGGACAGUUGGGCCGGCCCAUCCUGGACAUGCCCUACUGGAACGCCAAGCCAUCUCCCAUGCCUAACAUUGGGGCGAAAUACGGGCGAAAGGCCACCUGGAUCGGUGCCAGUGGAGACCAGACCUUCCUGAGGAUCGACGAGGCACUCAUUAACUCCCAUGUCCUCGCCACCUCAGAGAUCUUUGCCAGCAAACACAUCAUAGGCCUGGUUCCCUCCUCUGUGUCUGAACCGCUUCCCUUUAAGUGCUUGCUUAUCAAUAAGAUGGACGGGAGCUGCCGGACCUUCAAUGAUUCUGAGCAGGAGGACCUGCAGGGCUUUGGCCUGUGUCUGGACCCUGUCUACGAUGUCAUAUGGAGGUUCUUGCCAGCCUCUAGAGAGAUGUGGUGUUACAACGCAGUGAUAGCUGAUGCUAGGGUGCCCUCCGCCACAGACCUGCAGUCUCGCUGUAGCAUUCUCAGCCCAGAGUUGGCCCUGCCCUCUGGAUCACAUGCCACUACCACCCGCUCUCACGGAGCCCUACACAUCCUGGGUUGCUUGGAUACACUGGCAGCCAUGCAGGAGCUGAAGAUGGGCAUAGCCAGUUCAGAGGAGGAGACUCAGGCUGUGAUGAAGGUCUACUCCAAGGAGGACUACAGCGUGGUCAAUCGCUUUGAGAGUCAUGGUGGUGGCUGGGGUUAUUCGGCUCACUCUGUGGAGGCCAUCCGCUUCUGUGCUGAUGCGGACAUCCUGCUGGGCGGGCUGGGCCUGUUCGGGGGCCGGGGGGAGUACACAGCAAAAAUCAAGUUGUUUGAGCUGGGGCCUGAUGGAGGCGACCACGAGACAGACGGAGACCUCCUGGCUGAGACCGAUGUGCUGGCCUACGACUGUGCUGCCAGGGAGAAGUAUGCCAUGAUGUUUGAUGAGCCGGUGCUUCUGCAGCUGGGUUGGUGGUAUGUGGCCUGGGCCAGGGUGUCUGGACCCAGCAGUGACUGUGGCUCUCACGGACAGGCCACCAUCACCACCGAUGACGGUGUGGUGUUUCAGUUCAAGAGCUCGAAAAAGUCCAACAAUGGUACUGAUGUUAAUGCGGGUCAAAUCCCUCAGCUACUGUACAGGCUUCCGUCAAAUGAUGGCAAUGCGUCCAAAGGAAAACAGCAGACCAGUGAACCGGUCCAUAUCCUCAAACGCUCCUUCGCCCGCACAGUCUCAGUUGAAUGUUUUGAGUCUCUGCUGAGUAUCCUCCACUGGAGUUGGACCACGUUGGUACUGGGUGUGGAGGAGCUGCGAGGCCUGAAGGGUUUCCAGUACACGGCCACCCUGCUGGAUCUUGAGAGACUGCGCUUUGUCGGCACCUGCUGCCUUCGGCUGCUCAGAGUUUACAUCUGUGAGAUCUUCCCCAUCUCUGCCAGCACCAAGGCAGUGGUGGAGGAGUCAAGCAAGCUAGCCGAGUGUGUGGGGAAGACUCGUAGUCUGCUGAAGAAGAUCCUGUCGGAAGGCAUGGACAACUGCCUGACCAAAUUGGACAAUGACCCCCAGGGCUACUUGUCACAGCCCCUCACCCUGCUGGAGGCUGUGCUACAGGAGUGCCACAACACCUUCACCGCCUGCUUCCACUCCUUCUAUCCCACCCCGGCCCUGCAGUGGGCCUGCCUCUGUGACCUGCUCAACUGUCUAGACCAGGACAUUGCUGAGGCCAACUUUCGCACAUCCAGUAGCCGACUGCUAGCGGCAGUGAUGUCGGCUCUCUGUAACACCUCCGUCAAGCUGACCUCCAUCCUGCCCAUCGCAUAUGACGGGGAGGUGCUGCUCCGCUCGCUGGUCAAACAAGUCAGCACAGAGAACGACUCGGCCCUCGCUCACCGCUUCCCUUUGCUGGUGGCCCACAUGGAGAAGCUCAGCCACACGGAGGAGAACCUGAUGGGCAUGACCAGUUUCCGGGAGGUUCUGGAGAAGAUGCUGGUGAUUGUGGUUCUGCCAGUGAGGAAGAGUCUAAGGAAAGAGGUGGAGCUCUUCUCCCCGCAUCUCGUCUCCAACACCUGCGGUCUGCUGGCCUCCAUCGUUUCUGAGCUCACAGCCUCUGCCCUUGGCUCCGAGGUGGACGGGCUGAACUCGCUCCACUCAGUUAAGGCAACUCCCAACCGUUUCACCAAAACAAGCCAGGGGAGGAGUUGGAACACAGGUAAUGGCUCUCCUGAUGCCAUCUGCCUCACAGUGGACAAGCCUGGUGUGGUUCUGGUUGGCUUCUGUGUCUACGGAGGAGGGGGGAUUCAUGAGUACGAGCUGGAGGUGCUUGCUGAUGAUGCCCAGACAGAGCAUCCAGGGGACUCGGCCCAUUCCCACAGGUGGACAUCUCUGGAGCUGGUGAAGGGCACGUACAGCACCGAUGACUCCCCGAGCGACAUCGCUGAGAUCCGCCUGGACAAGGCUGUGCCGCUCAAGGAGGGGGUGAAGUACGCUGUGCGCCUGCGUAACUAUGGCAGUCGUACAGCUAAUGGGGACGGUGGUAUGACCACAGUGCAGUGCUCCGAUGGCGUGUCGUUCACCUUCAGCACAUGCAGCUUGAGUAGUAAUGGGACCAACCAGACCAGAGGCCAAAUCCCACAGAUUCUCUACUACAGAAGUGAAUACGAUGGGGACCUCCAGUCCCAGCUGCUGAGUAAGGCCAACGAGGAGGAUAAAAACUGUAGCAGGGCUCUCUCUGUGGUCAGCGCUGUGGUCAGAGCUGCCAAAGAUUUGCUGCACAGGGCAUUUGCUGUGGAUGCGGAUGAUAUUCCUGAGCUGCUGAGCUCCUCCAGUCUGUUCUCCAUGCUGUUGCCCUUGAUCCUGGCCUACAUUGGCCCCGUGGCGGCCUCUGUUCCUAAGGCUGCAGUUGAAGUCUUCGGCUUGGUCCAAGAGCUACUUCCUGCCGUCUCUGCGCUGAACCAGAAAUAUGCUCCACCUACUUUUAAUCCUAACCAAUCAACAGACAGCACCACAGGCAACCAACCUGAGCAGGGCUUGUCUGCUUGUACCACCUCCAGUCACUACUCUGUGAUUGAAAGUGACCACCCUUAUAAACAAGCUGGAGUCACUCAGUACAGGGUAACAUUCCCAGACUGUGUGCGCUGGACCUCCAUUGAGUUUGACCCACAGUGUGGUACAGCCCAGCCAGAAGACGUCCUGCGCCUGCUCAUUCCCAGCCGCACCUUACAUUUCUCCAGCCUCGGAGGCAAGCCGCUGGCCCACGAAACCAUCAACGCCUGGACUGAGCUAAAAAAGUUCUCUGGCUCCUCAGGUUGGCCCACCACUGUCCUGGUGCUGCCAGGCAAUGAAGUUCUGUUCUCGCUGGAAACUGCCUCCGAUUAUGUAAAAGAUGAAAAGGCCUGCUUCUACGGCUUCAAGUGUGUUGCUGUGGGAUAUGAGUUCAACCCUGGGCCUGAUGAGGGUAUCAUCCAGCUAGAGAAGGAGUUAGCCUAUCUGGGAAGUGUAUGUGCUGCAGCUCUGAUGAAGAAAGACUUGGCUUUACCUAUAGGAAAUGAACUGGAGGAAGACCUUGAGAUUCUUGAGGAAGCUUCUCUCCAGGUAUGUAAAGCUCACUCAGGGAUCCUUGGGAAAGGCUUGGCCUUGUCUCACUCACCCACCAUCUUGGAGGCCCUGGAGGGAAACUUGCCUCUGCACCUCCAAACAAAUGAGCACUCCUUCCUGGAAGACUUCAUCACUUGUGUACAGAGCUCCAGCGGAGGACGUCUGGCUAGGUGGCUUCAGCCCGACUCUUAUGCUGAUCCCCAGAAGACGUCUCUGAUCCUCAACAAAGACGACAUCCGCUGCGGGUGGCCCACCACGGUCGCUGUGCAGACCAAAGACCAGUAUGGUGAUGUGGUGCAUGUCCCUAACAUGAAGGUGGAGGUAAAGGCGGUACCUGUUUCACAGAAGAAGUCCAUGCAGCAGGAGAAUGUGAAGAAGCUGCAGCGUCUGCCUGGAAGCUCCUGUUCCUCUCCCUCAGGCAAUGACCUGACCUUUGGAGGACUGCCCAUGCCCAAACUGGAAGCCACCUAUGAGCCCAUGAUUGUCAAAGAGGCUCGCUACAUUGCCAUCACCAUGAUGAAGGCUUAUGAGAACUAUUCCUUUGAAGAGCUCCGCUUUGCUUCCCCCACCCCAAAGAGACCCAGUGAGAACAUGUUGAUCCGGGCCAACACCGAUGGAACCUACAGUGCCAACUGGACACCAGGAGCUGUAGGCCUCUAUACAAUCCACGUCACCAUUGAUGGCAUUGAGAUAGAUGCUGGUUUGGAGGUGGAGGUAAAGGACCCUCCCAAAGGCAUGAUCCCACCUGGUACCCAGAUGGUCAAACCCAAGGCUGAGCCUCAGCCCAGCAAGGUUCGCAAAUUUGUGUCCAAGGACAGCGCAGGCCUGCGUGUGCGUAGCCACCCGUCCCUGCAGAGCGAGCAGAUAGGCAUAGUGCAAGUCAAUGGCACCAUCACUUUCAUUGAUGAGAUCCACAAUGAUGAUGGUGUUUGGCUCAGGCUGAAUGAUGAAACCGUAAAGAAGUAUGUUCCUAACAUGAAUGUUGAAGCCUGGUGCCUCUCUUUCAACCAGCACCUGGGCAGGAGCCUCCUGGUCCCAGCCGACGAGGCCAGGGGCCAGUCAGAAGAGAACAUAAAGGAGGUGAGCAGCCGCCCCUCCCAAGAGGCCCCCAUGCGGGAGCAGAGCAGGGCAGGGCAGGGCGGCGGCGGCCCGGGGCUUUAUAAGGUAGUGAAGACCGGCCCCUCUGGUCACAACAUCAGAAGCUGCCCAAACCUUAGGGGUAUCCCCAUUGGAAUGUUAGUACUUGGGAACAAGGUCAAGGCCAUAGGCGAGGUGGUCAACUCGGAGGGAACCUGGGUGCAGCUGGAUAAGAACAGCGUUGUUGAAUUCUGUGAGAGCGAUGAGGGAGAGGCCUGGUCCCUGGCCAGAGACCGUGGGGGAAACCAGUAUCUUCGCCAUGAUGAUGAACAAGCCCUGCUGGAGCAUGGGGGUCAGACCCCACCACCCAGCCCCUUCUCUGUACAAGCCUUCAACAGAGCCGCGACGUCCAGUGGAGCGCAGGGUUUUGAUUAUGGCAUCUCCAACAACAAAGGUGAACGAGGGAACCUGUUGUCUGGUGUGCGGCCCAUGUCUCCAGCCUCCAAACACUGGCAAGAGAGCCGGUCACCAAAACAAGAGAACCGGGGCAUUCGAUCAUCAGACCAGAGCAGAGUGAAGACUAGUGAAACAGGGCUUUCUGCCAGCGAGGCUCUGAUCCUGAGGUCCGACACCGCCAAACUGAGGUCUGACUCUCACAGCCGUUCCCACUCACCCAACCACAACACCCUGCAGGCUCUGAAGGGUGACGGACGAACGUCCGGGCUUAGAGCCGAGUCCCCAAACCCUGGCUCCCGCUCCUCCUCCCCUAAACAAAAGGGCCUGUCCUCCACAUCUGGCAGGUCCAGUCCUUCCAGCACCUCCUCACAACACUCCACCUCACCCCACCUUGACAAGAACCUCCCACCCAAAGUCAACUCCUCCUCCAAGGCUCGGCUCGACCCUCCCAGAGAAAGGUCCAAGUCGGACUCAUAUACCCUGGACCCAGACACCCUGAGAAAAAAGAAGCUUCCACUUACGGAUUCUCUUCGGGGCAGGUCUACCUCCCCAAAACCCAAGUUGUCUCCUAAAGAUCCAAACAAAGAAGGGAUCAGUAAUGCAGAGAACCGUGCUCCUUCUCCACAUGUGACUCAGGAGAACCUCCACAGUGAGGUGGUUGAGGUUUGCACCUCUGGUGCACUCCUGUCUAAUGAGGAGGGCAACGAUGAGAAUGUGGAGGUGCGUAAUGCUGAAGAGGGCUCCUCUAAGGUGCACUUUAGCAUUGGCAAAGCACCUGUCAAAGAGGAGCUGGAAAGUCGCUCCUCGCCCAAGGUCAGCCGGAAGACCUCCAGUCGGCAUGUUCGCCCUAAGAAAGAUAAAUCUGGGCCUCUCUUUAAAGGUGAGGGCUCAUCCAGACUCACUGAACCUGCCAAACAAGCCAUGUCCCCCUCAGUUGCUGAAUGUGCCCGAGCAGUCUUUGCAGCAUUCCUGUGGCACGAAGGCAUCGUCCAUGAUGCCAUGGCCUGCUCCUCCUUUUUAAAGUUCAACCCUGAUCUGACAAAAGAGCAUGCCCCUAUCCGAAGCUCUCUAGGGGGGCAGGCUGCUGAGGAAAAGGAGAGCAAGUUGAAGAACCGCCACUCCUUGGAGAUUUCAUCUGCACUCAACAUGUUUAAUAUUGCUCCUCAUGGCCCAGACAUCUCUAAGAUGGGCAGCAUCAACAAGAAUAAGGUCCUGUCAAUGCUCAAGGAGCCUCCACUGCCAGAGAAGUGUGAGGAUGGGAAGGGCGAAGCAGUCUCCUAUGAGAUGUCCUCUCAUCCCUCAAUGAGGGCAAAGUCUAUUCUGCCACUGACCUUACAACAUCUGGUGGCAUUCUGGGAGGACAUCUCCAUGGCCACCAUCAAGGCUGCUACCCAGAACAUGAUUUUCCCCAGCCCGGGUUCCAGUGCUAUCUUGAAAAAGAAGGAACAUGAAAAAGAUAGUAAAAAAGCAAAGAAGGAGAAGAAGAAGAGGGAAAAGGCAGAUGUACGCCCCAGAGGGAACCUGUUUGGUGAGAUGGCACAGCUCGCCAUGGGUGGUCCUGAGAAAGACACCAUCUGUGAGCUGUGUGGGGAAUCUCACCCCUACCCUGUCACCUACCACAUGAGACAGGCUCACCCAGGCUGCGGCCGGUACGCUGGAGGCCAAGGCUACAACAGCAUUGGCCACUUCUGUGGAGGUUGGGCUGGUAACUGUGGAGAUGGAGGCAUAGGAGGCAGCACCUGGUACCUGGUGUGUGAUCGCUGCCGAGAAAAAUACCUGAGGGAAAAACAGACUGCUGCCAGGGAAAAGGUGAAGCAGUCCAGGAAGAAACCUUUACAGGUGAAGACCCCCCGGGCGCUCCCCACGAUGGAAGCUCACCAGGUGAUCCGGGCCAACGCUCUGUUCCUACUCUCCCUCAGCAGCGCCGCUGAGCCAAGCAUGCUGUGCCACCACCCUCCCCGACCCCUGCACUCCCACCUGCCCAGUCUCAAAGAAGGAGUCUCAGAUGAACUCCCCAACAAGAUGGGUUGUCUCUACCUGCAAACUCUAGCUAGGCAACACACAGAGAAUUUUGGGGCUUACCAAGAUGACAACCUCUUCCAAGAUGAGAUGAGGUAUCUGCGCUCCACGUCGGUCCCUGCCCCCUACAUCUCUGUCACCCCGGACGCCUGCCCCAAUGUGUUUGAGGAGCCUGAGAGCAACAUGAAAUCCAUGCCCCCUAGUCUUGAGACGAGUCCAAUCACAGACAGCGACACUGCAAAACGCACAGUGUUCCAGAGGUCUUACUCCGUCGUUGCUUCCGAGUAUGACAAGCAGCACUCGGCUUCACCCGCCCGGGUCAAAGCAGUGCCCAGACGGAGAGUCCACAGUGGUGAUGCAGAGGUCGGCUCCUCCCUGCUGCGCCACCCAUCUCCAGAGCUGUCUAGACUCAUUUCAGCCCAUGGCUCCCUCAGUAAGGGGGAGAGGAACUUCCAGUGGCCUGUCCUGGCUUUUGUUAUCCAGCACCAUGACCUGGAGGGUCUGGAGGUAGCCAUGAAACAUGCACUGAGGAAGUCUGCCUGUCGGGUGUUCGCCAUGGAGGCGUUCAACUGGCUGCUGUGCAAUGUGAUCCAGACCACCUCCCUGCAUGACAUUCUGUGGCAUUUCGUAGCGUCUCUCACCCCAUCACCCUUCGAGCCUGAGGAGGAGGAGGAUGACGAAAACAAAGGGAACAAAGAAAUUGUGGAACAGGAGAGAGAUCUUGGAGUGUGCGAACACCCGCUGUCAGACAUUGUUAUUGCAGGCGAGGCAGCCCACCCUCUCCCACACACCUUCCACCGCCUCCUUCAAACCAUCUCUGACCUCAUGAUGUCACUUCCUAGUGGCAGCUCUCUUCAGCAGAUGGCUCUGAGGUGCUGGAGUCUAAAGUUCAAGCAGUCGGACCACCAGUUUCUCCACCAGAGCAAUGUCUUCCAUCACAUCAACAACAUCCUGUCAAAGUCAGAUGAUGGAGACAGCGAGGAGAGCUUCAACAUCAGUGUGCAGUCUGGCUACGAGGCAAUGAGCCAGGAUCUCUGCCAGGUGACCUGCCUGAAGGACCUUACCAGUGUUGUGGACAUCAAGACAUCCAGUCGGCCUGCCAUGAUCGGUAGCCUGACGGACGGCUCCACGGAGACCUUCUGGGAAUCUGGGGACGAAGACAAGAACAAGACCAAGAGCAUUAGCAUCAGCUGCGUGAAAGGCAUCAAUGCCUCCUACGUGUCAGUCCAUGUGGACAACUCCAGAGACAUCGGGACUAAAGUCACAUCAAUGACUUUCCUUUGUGGAAAAGCAGUGGAGGACCUCUGCAGAGUCAAACAGGUUGACCUUGACUCGCGUCACAUAGGCUGGGUGACCAGUGAGCUCCCUGGAGGGGACCAUCAUGUGAUUAAGGUGGAACUAAAAGGUCCUGAGAACACUCUGAGGGUGCGUCAGGUCAAAGUGCUCGGAUGGAAGGAGGGGGAAAGCAUCAAGAUCGCAGGCCAGAUCUCAGCCAGCGUGGCACAGCAGAAAAACUGUGAGGCUGAGACACUCAGAGUCUUCCGCCUCAUCACCUCGCAGGUGUUUGGAAAGCUUAUCUGUGGAGAUGCGGAGCCCACACCUGAACAGGAGGAGAAAAACCUGCUUUCAUCACCUGAGGGAGAAGACAAGGCACCAUCUGAUGCGGACCUAAAAGAGCACAUGGUGGGCAUCAUUUUCAGCAGGAGCAAACUGACCAACCUACAGAAGCAGGUGUGUGCACAUAUCGUACAAGCCAUCCGUAUGGAGGCCACACGUGUGAGAGAGGAAUGGGAGCAUGCCAUUUCCAGUAAAGAGAACGCCAACUCGCAGCCCAGUGAUGAUGAUGCCUCCUCAGAUGCCUACUGUUUUGAGCUGCUGUCAAUGGUCCUGGCUCUAAGUGGCUCCAACGUGGGCAGACAGUACCUAGCUCAGCAACUAACGCUGAUGCAGGACCUGUUUUCUCUGCUGCACACCGCCUCACCCCGAGUACAAAGACAGGUGACAUCACUGCUGAGGCGUGUUCUUCCAGAAGUGACCCCCGUGCGACUUGCCAGCAUCAUCGGCGUGAAGGCCUUGCCGCCAGCAGACAUCAGUGAUAUUAUCCACUCCACAGAGAAAGGCGACUGGAACAAGCUUGGCAUCCUGGACAUGUUCCUGGGCUGCAUUGCCAAGGCCCUCACCGUGCAGCUGAAAGCCAAAGGGACCACCAUUUCUGGCACAGCUGGUAUGGCUGCUGGCAAGGGAGUCACGACUGUGACCCUGCCUAUGAUCUUCAACUCCAGCUAUAUCCGCAGAGGGGAGAGCCACUGGUGGAUGAAGGGCUCCACUCCCCCGCAGAUCGCCGAGAUUAUCAUUAAGCUGGUCAAAGACAUGGCGGCAGGUCACCUGUCAGACACAUGGUCAAGAGUCACUAAGAAUGCCAUUGCUGAAACCAUCAUAGCCCUGACCAAAAUGGAGGAGGAACACCGCUCCCCUGUGCGCUGCAUUGCCACCACCAGGCUGUGGCUGGCCCUAGCUUCCCUGUGUGUGCUGGACCAAGAUCACGUGGAUAGGCUGUCUUCUGGCCGCUGGAUGGGCAAGGAUGGACAGCAGAAACAGAUGCCCAUGUGUGACAACCAUGAUGAUGGCGAGACUGCAGCCAUUAUCCUCUGCAACAUGUGUGGAAACCUGUGCACCGACUGCGACCGCUUCCUCCACCUGCACCGCCGCACACGCUCUCACCAGAGACAGGUGUUUAAAGAGGAAGAGGAGGCCAUAAAGGUAGACCUCCAUGAGGGCUGUGGAAGGACCAAGCUGUUCUGGCUCAUGGCGUUGGCAGACUCUAAGACCAUGAAGGCAAUGGUGGAGUUUAGGGAACAUACAGGUAAACCAGCAUCCAGCAGCUCAGAUGCCUGCAGGUUCUGUGGGACGAGGAAUGGAACUGAGCUUUCUGCGGUGGGCAGUGUCUGCUCAGACCCAGACUGCCAGGAAUAUGCCAAGUUGGCAUGCAGUAAAACCCAGCCUUGUGGGCAUCCCUGUGGAGGAGUUAAAAAUGAGGAGAGAUGUCUGCCUUGUUUGCAUGGCUGUGACAAGAGCACCGGCUGUCUGAAACAAGACGCAGAUGACAUGUGUAUGAUCUGCUUCACAGAAGCCCUCUCCGCUGCUCCUGCAGUACAGCUGGAUUGCAGCCAUGUGUUCCAUCUUCAGUGUACCCGCCGUGUUCUGGAGAACCGCUGGCUUGGGCCCCGCAUCACAUUCGGUUUUAUGUUGUGCCCCAUUUGCAAGAAUAAAAUCAAUCACUCAGUGAUCAAGGAUCUGCUGGACCCCAUCAAGGAGCUGUAUGAGGAUGUGAGGAGGAAGGCCUUGAUGCGACUGGAAUAUGAAGGACUUCAUAAGAGCGAGGCGAUCACUACUCCAGGAGCACGCUUCCAUAACGACCCUGCUGGCUUUGCCAUGAACAGAUAUGCAUACUAUGUCUGCUACAAGUGCAAGAAGGCAUAUUUUGGGGGAGAGGCACGCUGCGAUGCCGAGGCAGGGCAGGGAGAUGACUACGACCCCAGUGAGCUGAUCUGUGGAGCAUGCUCUGAUGUGUCCAGGGCUCAGAUGUGCUCCAAGCAUGGCACAGACUUCCUGGAGUACAAAUGCCGGUACUGCUGCUCUGUCGCUGUUUUCUUCUGCUUUGGUACCACUCACUUCUGCAAUGCCUGCCAUGAUGACUUCCAGAGGAUGACCAGCGUCCCCAAGGAGGAACUGCCCCAUUGUCCUGCAGGUCCAAAAGGCAAGCAGUUGGAGGGUACCGAGUGCCCUUUGCACGUGGUGCACCCACCCACGGGGGAGGAGUUUGCCCUGGGCUGUGGUGUGUGCCGGAACGCCCACACCUUCUAAACGCCGAAAGACCUGUACUUAAAAUUUGUCAAUCUACUGUGAUUUCUGGCAGUUGCAGAAGCUAAGCCUUAGAGCUUGCCCAGGACGAUGGAGCAGGUUUCUACCGUAGCCAAGAGCCCUCAGGCCCGCUCACCAACCAACACGAGUGUCCCAGGCUGUGCUACAGACAAGGCUUACAUAGGGAGAAAGUGAGGGAUAAAGAGAAGAGUCACGACUCUUUCAGAUUGAGAGUAAACUGAAUGAAAAAAGAAAAUUAAAUCUAAAAAUACCUUGUGACGUGUUUGCAUGCGGCCGUUGUAUCCCCUCGGCUUCCAUAGACGUUGCACACCUCCUGGUCACUGAUGUGUAACAGUAUAUUGAAGAUUAAAACAUUGAAUAUGAAAUAAAAUUUGCUUAAGGCAACUGUGGAUGAACAUGGGUAGAAAAAAAAAGAGACAGGCCGUAUUUCCAGCUUCCUAACUAUGAAUUUAAAAUAUUGUUGUAUGUAAACUUGACUUUUUCAUAAUCCUGUACAGUAUUCUCCACUGUCAAGUGCAUCAUAGGUUGACGGACAAAAAAAACAAAACAAAAAAAAAGAUGAGUUGGUAAAUAAGACUGUUAAGAAUGUCAUGUUUUGGAGGAAAAUAGUGUACGAUUUAUCUAAUCUUGUAUAUAAUGAUAGUAUCCAAAAUAGCUGUAUUCCCAAGUUGCUACUCUCCACUUCAGUUUCGUUUGAUAUUCUGGGUUAUGUUUUACGCCAGAACUUUUAAUGAAGUGCAAUACUGGGUGUGCCUCCUAUCUUGCAGCUGUUUAACCUAUGGAAUGUAUGUCAAUAAAAGCCACUGUACAUUUUUAUACAGUAGACACAGUUGUUCUGCCCCCUUAAAAAAAAACAAAAAAAAAACGUCAAAUCACUUCUGCUGUCUGGAAAUGACAGAGGGCCCCGGCGCCUGCAGGUUGAAUGAUGGUGGAUGUGAACGCCAUUUUCAGCCGUCAGAAAAUAGUUGUACCAAACCCCUUUACAUCAUGAAAAGAGAGAGAGAGAGAAAAGAAUCUCACCGGUGACUGAUUUAUGAAGGAGUGAUCACUGUACGUUUUGAGGACCAGUCUUCACACCAAAUAUUGAAAUAAUUGUUAAUCUGUCAUGCUCUUCCCUUGUAGGAGGCAGGGAAUUUAAGGGUCUCGGGAAGGGGAUGUGACAAAAACAGCUGCUGUUAUAAAAAAAAGCUUAAUUACUUGUGAGUCUGCUCUGUAAUAUCUGUGGUGGAUGGAGUUGAAUGGUAAUAAACCAGGUUAUCUGUU